AACUGUAGAAUGAUAAGGACUACCUCUUUUACUUUUGGAGAGCGGCAAAACCGUUAGGAGAGCAUUCGGCAUCAGCUGUUCCACACUAGUCCCUCAUUGCUGGAAGUCGGGCUGAAUCAGAGUCACAUGACAGCACUGGAGGCUGAGAUCUAGAGAAAAGCACAUCAUUUCGGCUUGCACCGCCAUACUGUAUUUUGUGCCAUAUCUGAUUUUUAUUGCAACAUUUUACUCCCGCGCGGUGAGUACAUUUCCAAUGGCUUUUUGUAAGCAUUUUUGUCUUUUUAAUUACUCUUUUUAUUUUUCCUCCUUUUGCUGGUGUUUAAAAUGAGAAUUGAAGUGGUGGUUUUGAGCGUUUUUCCAUCCAGGCUUCAAGUUUUUAGCAUGCAGUGAUUCUGUAUCAAGGGUACGGAGAUGGGUAGCGGGUGCGUCGGGCUGGGAGCCCAUACGUGCUUGCAGUCUUGUACUGGUUUUGAGACCAAGCGGUUUGUCAGUCUGAUAUUUUUCAAACGUUUACUGGUGGUUUUCAAACAUUUUUAUUUUUUAUUUCUGUCAACUUUUGCUGUUGCUAUGCUUUGGUUUGAAUUUUGCAGUGUUGUUUAUUCAAGUUUUGUGAUUUUGAUGUCUCGGUGAUUGGCGCCGACUCGACCCUUUGCUUUUAUUUUGUUCCUCUUUUCUUUAAAGAAGUCCUUUUUAAACCUGAUGACGUUUUAACGUGAAACUUUUCUUGUAGCUAACUGAACACAGGUUUGUUUGUUUUUGCGUUUCUUUUGUUUUUUUUCGAUUGAUUAUACUUUUGCAGAUAUCAGUGUCAAGUAUUUUUGGAGGUGUCAUUUUUUAAAUAGAUGGAAAUAGGUGGACGAGGAGUGUUUUGAUUCUUGGCGAGAUCAAUUCGUUUUUGUUUUCUGUUUCAACGAGGAUGAACAGACAUUCUCCCUUUGCAGGAGGGCAACCGGACGACAAUGACUGGUAAGACUCAGACCAGCAACGUGACCAACAAGAAUGACCCGCGCUCCCUCAACUCCCGAGUCUUCAUCGGCAAUCUCAACACAGCCAUUGUCAAGAAGACCGACAUAGAAGUCAUCUUCGCCAAGUACGGCAAGAUAGUGGGUUGCUCCGUUCACAAGGGUUACGCUUUCGUCCAGUACGUGAGCGAGAGGAACGCCCGCGCCGCUGUGGCAGGGGAGAACGCCCGUGUCAUCGCCGGACAACCUCUCGACAUUAACAUGGCAGGAGAGCCAAAACCUUACAGGCCCAAGGCCGGCUCCAAGCGACCGCUCUCGGCUGUCUACAGCGGCUAUGAAUUUGACUACGACUACUACAGAGAUGAUUUCUACAGCCGGCUGUUUGACUACCACGGGCGAAUAGCCACCCCUCCUAGAGCUGUGAUCCCCCUCAAACGCUCCCGUAUCCUGGCGCCCUCCACACGCCGUGUCAAGACCUCCUUCGCCGUCAAGACCUCCUCCUCCUCUUCCAGACCACCCACUUCCUCCUCCUCCUCCUCUUCCUCUGGCCUCAAACCAGUGAAGUCGGAUCAGCUCCAGACUAUCAAACGGGAGCUGACUCAGAUUAAGAUGAAGAUUGACUCUCUCCUGGGCCGCCUGGAGAAGAUAGAGAAGCAGCAGAGGGCUGAGACUGAGACUCAGAGGAAGUACGAGGACAACUGUGACUCCCUGAACGAGGAGUCUGUGUCCGAGGCAGCCGAGAACUCAGGCGAGGAGGCAGGCGACGGGGCGCUGGAGGUAGAAGCGGGAGAGAUGACCGACGGGGGCGAGGAUGACUACGAUGACGAAGGCGGCCACCAUCUGAUAGAGAACCACGUAUCAGAUAUUGACAACUGAGAACAGGAUGAGGAACCGCUUCCUCUCAACCUUUUACAACCACCCUGGAUCAACAUAGAAUUGAGGGGAAAACAUCUAUUUUGGAAUGGAAAGCAGAUCAUCCUAUUCCUCUUUCUGUGUCAAAGAUGACAUGUAUUCAGAUGCCCAGUGAACCCAACCAACCAUGACAAAUGUUGCCAGUCCCUUUUUAACAGCCAAACUGAUUUUACGUUUGCAUUGUGCGCAAACGUAGCACAGACUGAAUAUUGAUUUGAAGGUUUUAUUCCGUUUUAAGUGGUGAAAUUAUUCUCAGUGUUUAUAACAGUUACCAUUAUCUUUUUAAAAUGUGUUUGUUUAGUAUAUGCUGUUUACCUAAUGUUUUGUCUGUAACUCGCGUUCUGUACAGAAUCAUGAAUCUAGCACAAUUGACACCCUAAUUAUUCUGACAUCUCAGCUUGAUGAACACAGUGAUUUUUCAAAAUCUGAGAAAAAUCUCUUGGCUGUUUGGGGCUUGUACUCAUGCAUAAGCUACAGUAUAGCUGUUAGCAUAACUUUAGCAGCUUAUCCAUUUAUCGCAUGCUCACCCUGAGGGAGGUGUUCUAUCAAGUAUUUCAAGCUCCUGCCAAAUGUAUAAUGCAGAACGAGUCCCCCUUUGGUUCCCUGCCAAAUACUGCAUGGGCACCAUGCCAGGGAGCAGAGCCCUGUGUCUCUCCACACUCGUCUCUGUGCAGGCUGUGCAUCCCAGCAUGCAACAUUCUCAAAGAAGCGCUGCCCACUUCACACUGACUUGACCUUUCCUUUAAGGAGAUGCAUUUCUUCGACUUCCUCUUUUUUGUUGUUGCUCUGCACCAACUAAGCUGAGGAUUCAGAAACUUUUCAAUAUGAACAGAUAGUGGCAAGGUUGAAACUCCUAAUGCUCUGUCACCCGUUAUUGCAAAUUGAAUCAUUAUUCCUAAUUGAAUGUUUAACGCAAUUGCUCCCGGUAGGCUAAUUAUGUCAUGACUUGUGACGUGAAGCUAUGUCACUGUUUUUCAUCCCGCAGUAGCCAAAAAAUGUAUAGUAUGUUCUGCUUUUAGGUGUUAUUAGACUGGAUUGUUGAUUGGUAAUUCCAUGUCAUCUAUUUCAACAAGAAGUCACUCAAAAAAUAAAUAUCCAAUGUUGACAAUUAACAUAUUUUUGCAUUGCCACAUCAUUUUGCAGUAUUGUGGUCCUUUCUGCUGUCGGCCUGUUUAAGAAGUAAAGUCCCAUUUCUCAAGAAACUGUUGCAAUCACGACUGCCAAAUCUGCACUGCAGUACACAGUAAAGACAGACAUUUUAAAUAGCUAUAGUUGUAAUAAAGUAAUUAAACGGGUGUUUUGUAUUUGCCAAAUCAAUAAACUGACCAAUAUUGAGAGAGGUUGCCUUUUUCUAGAGGUCUGUUCAAAGUGCAGUCACUGCAGUGCAGGUUGGAAUCUGACUCAAAGCCAACCUUUAUGUUACAAAAACAUAAAUGUGUUUUAAUGUAAAAGGUUUGUUGCAAGCCUCAUCACAUUGUAAAGUAAAUGCAAGAAAAACAAUCAAUCAAACUAACUUUAUUUUAUCAAUGUGUUGUUGCACCAUGUAAAUAUCCCUUGCAACCGAAGACAUGUGAUCUCAGUUUUGUCACAUGCAUAUUUACUAGAAUAGAGAAAGUGUUGUACAGGUGAAGAGGACCUCUGCAGUGAUAUGAUACUUGACAAUGUUGCAAUUGACCUUGCGUGCUCUAAAGAAAAAAAAUGAACUAAUUGUUUAUUAAGAGGAUGGGGAGAUUAAGCAGGAUGAAAGAUGUGCAAUAGGAAAAAAAAUGUUGUAUAGAAAUGUACAUUUUUGUAAAAACAAAUAUUUUUUAUUAAAUGCAUGUUUGUUGUUUCUGUAUGUUCAUUCUAUGUACAGUGUAUGUUUGCAACUUGUAUGGCUGUAGGCCCCAUUGCAUAGAACAAAAUACAACAAUGUAAUGUACAGUUACAUUUGUAAAAUCUUUUCAGUCAAUAAAAUGCUUAUUUGUGUUAUGUAAUUAAGCCAUCGCUAGUUUGAAUUAAAUUCUUUGUUUUGCAAAUAAAUAUUAAUUGAAAGAC